UAUGUCAUCAUACAUUUAAUGUUGAAUCAUUAUGGAUGUAAAUGUUUAGAAUGAUUAAAGUACAUGGUAAACUAUAUGUCGAUAAGCAUAAAAACUAUAGAGUAGGAAAUAAUUAUUAAAUUUCAGUAUUGAACCGGAGAAGUAAUUUUGUCAUUUAUAAAAAGUAACAUUCUUCCGGUGUUGAGCAAGAUUUUUGUUUUCUUUUAUUACUCGAAGAAAAGAAACUAAGAGUUUAAUUGUGAUAAUUAUUUCGUUCGUUUUGUAUCUUGUGUAUACUGCAAUAACAGGAAUUUCAAUUUUACGAUAUCUGCAUAUCAAAAGUAAUCCAUUUGUAGAAAAAAGAGAUGUUUAAUGUUGGAUCAAAAUGGAGGCUACAUCAGUGUACAUAAAGAAAGAAAUCGAGGAUGCAGAAUAUGAGAGAAGUUAUCAGUAUUCAGCAGAUGGCACAUUACUAAAUCAGGCGGCCCACGAGGAGGAUUACACAGUAACUGUUAAUCCAGAGGCUGUUUUAGAUAUCAAAUAUGAAAGGGAAGAGGAGCCAACUUCAUCAAGUGAUCAACUAGCUGAAUUUUCUAGUAAUGUCUCUGAUGCACCGGUAUCAAAUGACAGUCAUAUCAUGGAGUUUCCACAGACAAAAGAAUUACUGAAGUCGGAGACACCUCCUCGAAAUGUCAAUAGACGCAAAAGAAAGUUGCGUGUAAGACGAAGGGAUGUCCGACACACAGAGGAGGAGAGUGAACAAGCAGCGCUGCAUAAUCAAGUCAAAAUGGAACCAGAAGAAGAGUUGUCAACGAUGUGGAAUUCAGAAGAAAACAAUAGCUUUGAAAACACAGCAGUAAAGAUUGAAAACUUUGAUGAUGAUUUCAGUCCAGACACAAAUGAAAACUGCAGUACAGAUGGGACAACUGAGUUAACACCGGGUGAUGAAUUUGUCAUAGAAACUGAGUACUUAGAAGACGAAAUCUCACCAAAUUCCAACCACACACCAAAAUCCAAUAAAAAGAAAAGAUUAAGCAAGGAACAGAACUCUGAUGCCGGUUCCAGUAUUCCAGUGGAGAAUUUGAUGAGUUUGCAGGAAUCAGAUGACGAUGCAAACGAUCCUAGCUCAAACCGUGGGAAAAGAAGCAGCAAUGAUAAAGCACAGCCUAAAGAAAAGACCAGGAAAACAUGGUUCCUAGAUGUAGAUAAUGGGUUGUGGAAGAGAAGAUCUUGGUAUGAAGAGGAAGCAAAGAACAUGAUGCAGAAAACACAGGAAGACCUGAAGCAAAUUGAAGAACUCUCCUUGAAUACAUCUGAUGGGCAGAAGAAAGGGUCAUAUAAAACGCUUUUACAAUCCAUUGAGGAUAAACCAGGAAAAAAAGAGGAGAAUAAGAGGGUGGUUAAGAAGGUUUUUGGAAGAAAGAGAUCUCGUUAUGAGGAGAAAACAGAGAUGAUGAAGAGGAAGACAGAGGAGGAUGAGGAGUUCAUAGGAAAUCUUAAAACCAUGUUCAAACGCCCAAAUUCCUCAGAACAUUCCAAUCAAAGUACUGAAAGUACAUCAUCUUCAGCAACUUCCCCUGAUACUGGGCCUGCUAAAAAACCUGAAAGAUCAGCUUUGGUUUCAACAUCAUUGUUAACAUUGACUGAGUUGUCUGAACUGAAUGAGAAAAGAAAACUAUUGAACAGAAAACCAAUACCUAUAGAGGAUGACAAAUGGAAAGAACUGAACAAGAAAAGCCGGGAGGAACUAGAACAAGAAAUUUUUGACGUGAAUGGAAAAAGGAGACUAACAGUGCCAAGGAAGUCUAUGUAUGAGGAAAAGACCAGAGACAUGACUCGUAAAACUCUGGAAGAUGAAGAACUCAUCAAGGGUUUACAGUCUCUAAGAAAAUUAGUGAGUAAAGAUUCCAAGGAAUACAUACAACUUCUGAAUGAAACAUCAGUCUUGUCUGACACCAUAAAGGAGCAAGUAGAAAAUACCAGCACUGUAGACCACAGCUUAGCUCCUGAGUUACAAAUCACAAAGCUGGUACUGCCCACUGAAAACACCAUGUCGCAUUUAAUACCGCAUAAAUGGGAGGCCGAUGAAAGUCAAGGAGACAUGGCUGUGUAUGCCCCGGUGCUAUACUGCAAUAAAAAUCACCCCGAUCUGAAGGAAAAAGUCCCCCAAUGGAGUUUACGUGCUCCAAUGAUAACAAAACUAUGGAGAGAGUUACCAGAUCACACCAGAGAGGCUUACAAGAAUCAAUGCAGACAGAACAAAAUAAAAAAAGAGGACGAUCAAAAGAGAAUAUUAGAGGAAGAAUUAAAGAAACAUUCCACAAAGAAAAUUCGCCAGACCCGUGCUGCUCUGGCUGAUCAAUCGUACCGAGCCAGUGUUCCAUUACCGCGCCGCAGCACAGGCAUCAGACAGUCUCAGCGUCUCAUUUCCAGAUCCAACAGCGCAACCACAGUUACCAAUGACCGGAAAUACUCACCCCCACCCCUACCAAAGAGAAACUCCAGUCCUGCAGGAGGAAGCUCAGAUGUCAGGAAAUCCAUAUAUGAAACAAAGACACAGAUGCUGAAACUGAACUCAGAACGUGACAAAGCUGCAAUGGCGAAGGUCAAUCUACCUGUUCCCAAAGAUGGUGCUGUUCCAUCAGACAGAUGGCCAGGUUCCCACUAUGCUUUAUCCAUGCAAAUGAUGGCUCUGAAAACUCAACAAGAAAUGGCUACCUUGGCCAAACUUAUACCUCAGGACAAAGUUGCAGCUCUUAAGUCAGGCGAGUCCAUUAAAUCAAUGGAAGAAAAUUUCAGGUUGGUGAAAGAAGAGGAAAACCCCCCAGUAAACCCACCACUAACAGUGUAUGUCAUAGACAAUGCAACAACUACUCCGAAAUUAAAUGGCAAUCAAAGAGCAACUCGAAGUCCCCCGGUGCAGAAGGAUGUGAAUUUAUACCAGAAUCCUGUGUUCAUUGUGCGAAAAACAAGACGCAACGAGGAGCCUGAAAAAAGCUGCAUAACGGAAGACAACGUGCUUAUGUGUUCAGAGUGUGGUGAGGAGUUCAUGUCAACGUCAGAACUGGAUACUCACAAAACCAUGUCCCACAAUCACAAACCUCCAGGAAUACUGACCAAGGAGGACACUGCAUUGCCUUUUAUCAAAUGUGAACCUGUGGAUGACGACUUUGAUAAAGUGGAAAGUUUGAACGAUCAUACAGAUGUGGAUUCCGGUGGUAAGAAGGGAAUGGAGAAAGGGAAAUUGAAAGUGAAAGUACUCAAGGGCAGCAAGAAGAUGGAUAAAACUGAGGCAUCAACUAACACUGAAAUCUGUGAUAAAGAGAUAAAAAUUAAAACCGAGGAUUUAUGACAAAAAUUAUAAAUCCAUCUGUUUUUCAAAGUUUUUAUCACAUCAUUUUGUAGAUACUAGUGUAUGAUGCACUUAUUCAAAUUACAUGAACUUGCAUUUGAAAUGAACGUCAAUUGUUGAAUCAUUUUGACCAUUUGUCAUGCAUUUAUACUUUUCCAUAUUAAAUCAAUUUGUGAAUUCUGUA